GAAUUAUUUUUUAUUGUAAAAUCUGAAAUUAUAUGUUUGCAGCCAUUAUGGCAUCCUUACACGCCUCAGUUCGGACACUAUUUAAAAAUUGCAUUUAGUUACUCGGAAGUGUUAUGGCCUUGGUCCGGGUAUUUGGCGGUACAUCUUUCGGCGGUGGAAUCGGCCAUUCACUGGGAAGGUAUUGCUCAAGGUCAUAUAUCGUUAACGGUAGAAUCGCCACCUCAGGAUGGCGAAGUGGAAUCGCAUCAAUCAUCAAUAAAACUGCCCGUAAGGGUAAAAAUUAUACCCACUCCUCCAAGAAGCAAACGCAUUCUUUGGGACCAAUAUCAUAAUCUCCGUUAUCCUCCCGGUUAUUUUCCUCGAGACAACCUCCGCAUGAAGAAUGAUCCGCUCGAUUGGAACGGUGAUCACAUUCACACAAAUUUUAAAGAAAUGUAUCAACAUUUACGCAAUAACGGCUAUUACAUCGAAGUACUUGGUUCUCCAUUUACGUGUUUCGAUGCUAAUCAGUAUGGAGUCUUGCUUAUUGUCGAUAGCGAAGAAGAAUAUUUUCCGGAAGAAGUAGCAAAGUUAAAGAGAGAUAUUGAUUCUGGUUUGUCAUUGAUAGUAUUUGCUGAUUGGUACAAUGUUUCAGUCAUGAGAAAAGUGAAGUUUUAUGAUGAAAACACUAGGCAAUGGUGGAUGCCAGACACUGGUGGUGCUAAUAUACCAGCAUUAAAUGAUUUAUUGGCUCCUUGGGGAAUGGCUUUUGGAGAUGAAGUUUACGAAGGUGAUUUCACUUUAGGAAAUCACGAAAUGUAUUAUGCUUCAGGAACAUCAAUUGCCAGGUUUCCUGAAAAUGGAUUAGUCAUAAAGAGAAGUCUGAACAAUCAAG